UUUAUUUGUGGUGUUGUGUGCUGACAUGGACGACGGCAACUGGGAAGCGGUGCCUGCACGGCACACCAAGAAGCAAAAGCGAAAGCAGAGGAGAAAGGAGCGGGCGAAGGCGACGCCUGAUGAAGACGUAAGGCAGGGAGAGCGCACAGAAGCAACCUGUGGGGAUGGAAAGUCUCCUGUGAGACGGAAAGGGGAGCAAAGCACGAGGCACAAACGAGAAGGAGGGAAGUCCAAGUCUCCCAACAGAAUCGAGGGGGCACCAGCGCCAGUGCAAGCGCGAGAGAAGGGAAGCAAGAAUAAGAAAACUGUAGGCAGCACGGAAACAGCCCAAGACAGCGCUCCUGUGGCGCACAAAGUCGUAGACAGCAGUGGACAGGCCACAAAGGCCACGGUCAGGGGCGGGAAAGGAAGUUUGGGUGCAUGCAAGCACGUCAAAGUGGUGGCAGCGGAGAUGCAGGCCUUGAAUGCGGUGUUGGCAGAGCUGGACGAGGAGGAAUCCCUGCUGUGCGGAACAAUGCAGCGCUUCUCCGCACUGCACGCGCACCAGCUCCACAUCCAAGAGGACCUCCAAGAAGACUUUGCACAGCUUCCAACCAUUUCCCAAGAAUUCGUGCGCAUCCCAAACAGGUGCAUGGGCGUGCUGUGCGGGAGGAACAUGCGAAAAGUGAAAGAGUUGUCGCAGGAGCACGACUGUCAGAUUGUGGUGCCACCGCGAGCAGAGGAUCCAGAGGGCGUGGCGCUGGUCACGCUCGUGGGAACGUCUGCGGCCACGCAGGCUUGCUCAACUGCCAUUGACAAAAUGGUGCAGAAGUACCUGUCACGCGAGCGCAGACGGCAGCGAAGGCAUGAGCAGCAGCAGAAGCAACAGGAGCAGCACGGCUCUGGGAGAGAAGGUGGGAGCGCCAACAGCGGUCAUCGGCAGCUGCCAAGCAGACGCGGUGCCAUCUAUCACUGCUUCAUCGACUAUUCCAACAUCAUGGCGGGCGCAAAGGCGGCGACGCUGGCAGCGCAAGCAGGCGGGCAUGAGGUGCGAGACGCUGACGUGCACAUUCGCAGCGACCACUUGCUUGAUCUCCUGACGAACAGCAGGCAAUGCGGGCAAUGUGAGCUCAUUGGCACACACAUUCCUCGCCUCGUCCAAGCAGAAGCAACGUCGCGUGGGUUUGUUGUGCGGAGCUUUGAUCGCCACACGUCAGAGGUCUUGGUGGAUGACAAGAUGCAUGCGCAGGUGUUGCAGUGCCUGUUGCAAGUGCGCCAUAGCAAGCACGGCCGCAGUACCAGCCCACAAGCUCGCUUCACCGCAAACGAAGAUGCGAUAUCUGUGCAUAGCGAGUUCUCUCAGGCCGAGGGCGCAAACCACGUGCUCACACUUGUGACCGGUGAUGGCAACGACAACUCUGGCAACAACAGCACAUCCUUCUUCAAGUGCGCCGUGCUUGCGCUGGAGGAAGGGUGGGGCGUGGAAGUCGUGAGCUGGCAGAGCAACCUCAGCGACAACUUUGUCACCUUGAAACACAAGUACCCCUCUCAGAUGCAACUUGUACACCUGGACGACUUUGCGGACUCGCUGCUUCGCCAUAAGAUGCAUAUUUAGGAGCAGUGGUCGCCACAGCUGCAGGUUCAGCACACGCACGCGCGCGUGUAAUUGAACUGUGUUUGCAUAUCGUGUGGAUCUGUGUGUGUGUGUGUGUGUGUGUGGAUCUCUCU